AUGACGCUUGAAAACACCAAGAUCGCUGAUGCACCGGCAUCUUUGAGAGGACAGGACAUCCAGCCCAAGAGGGACCUCACCUGCUUUGUCAAGUGGCUGCGCUACCUCCAGCUGCAGUGGCAGAGGGCCAUUCUGUAUAAAGGUCUCAAAGUGCCUCCUGACUUCACCCAGGCCUUUGACCGCCAAACAGCCAUGCAACUGCUUAAGCUGGCCCAUACGUACAGACUAGAGACAAAGCAAGAGAAGAAGCAGAGGCUGUUGGCCUGGGCCGAGAAGAAAGCUGCGGGCAAAGGGGAUGUCCCCAUUAAGAGGCCGCCUGUCCUUCGAGCUGGGGUUAACACUGUCACCACCUUGGUGAAAAACAAGAAGGCUCAGCUGGUAGUGAUAGCCCAUGAUGUGGAUCCCACUGAGCUGAUUGUCUUCCUGCCUGCCCUGUGUUGUAAGACAGGGGUUCCCUACUGCAUUAUCAAAGGGAAAGCCAGGCUGGGGCGUCUGGUCAACAGGAAGACCUGCACCACUGUCGCCUUCACACAGGUUAACUCAGAAGACAAAGGAGCUCUGGCUAAGCUGGUAGAAGCAAUCAGGACCAAUUACAAUGACAGAUAUGAUGAGAUCAGCCGCCACUGGGGAGAAGUCCUGGGUCCGAAGUCAGUGGCUCCCAUUGCCAAGCUGGAAAAAGCAAAGGCUAAAGAACUGGCCACCAAGCUGGGCUGAGUGGACGCUGUUGAAUUUUCUGUACAUAAAAGUAAUAAAAGGUUCUCUUUCAAAAAAGA